AUGUCUCAAACCCUCAGAACAUCGGGCUCUCUUCUGGCCCGAACAGCCCGACAACCUCUUCGGGUUGCUCGUCGCACCUUCAUCGCUACCCCCAUCAGACAAGCCGAUCUCAUACAAGAUAUGUACCUCCGCGAACUGCGCGCCUACAGGCCCCCACCAACCAAACCCUCCGAUGCCGAUGCGCACGUCCAGAAAUUCAGCAUCCCCAAGCCCCCCCCGUCCCCCGAGGAGGCCAACAUCGCCGCUGAUCUGAAGGCAUACGAGUCCCAGGAGGUCGAGGUGGAAGGCCAAGCGGCUAGUGGCGAGGCUGCUCCCGUCGAGGAGGAUUGGUUUGAGGAUGAGGAUGAGGCGCCCGCUGCCCAUUAG